CGGAGCCAGCGGAGCCAGCGGAGCCCCAGCCGAGAGCCCAGCCGCCGCCAUGGCCGCCCGCGCCGCGCGCACCUGUGCGCUGCUCGCCCUGUGCGCGCUGGGCGGCCUGGCCCAGGGCCCCGCGCGCUUCAUCUGCACCUCGGUGCCCGCGGACGCCGACAUGUGCGGCGCGGCGGCGGGCGGCGCGGAGGAGCUGCGGGGCAGCGUGCUGCAGCUGCGGGAGACGGUGCUGCAGCAGAAGGAGACCAUCCUCAGCCAGCAGGACACCAUCCGCGAGCUCACGGCCAAGCUGGGCCGCUGCGAGAGCCAGGGCGCCCCGGCCCCGGGCCGCAAGCCGCCCGCCGCGGGCAAGCCGGCCCCCGGCGACCCGGCCCGCGCCGCCCAGGCCGCCGACGCGCUCGGCCAACUCGCGCAAACUUUGCAGGCGCUCAAGACCCGCCUGGAGAACCUGGAGCAGUACAGCCGGCUCAACUCCUCCAGCCAGACCAACAGCCUCCGGGACCUGCUGCAGAGCAAGAUCGACGACCUGGAGCGGCAGGUGCUGUCCAGGGUGAACUCGCUGGAGGAGGGCAAGGGCGGCCCCAGGAACGACACGGAGGAGCGGGCCAAGAUCGAGAGCGCCCUGACCUCGCUGCACCAGCGCAUCAGCGAGCUGGAGAAAGGCCAGAAGGACAGCCGCCCGGGGGACAAGUUCCAGCUCACGUUCCCGCUGCGCACCAACUACAUGUACGCCAAGGCCAAGCGCAGCCUGCCCGAGAUGUACGCCUUCACCGUGUGCAUGUGGCUCAAGUCCAGCGCGGCGCCCGGCGUGGGCACGCCCUUCUCCUACGCCGUGCCCGGCCAGGCCAACGAGCUGGUCCUCAUCGAGUGGGGCAACAACCCCAUGGAGAUCCUCAUCAACGACAAGGUGGCCAAGCUGCCCUUCGCCAUCAACGACGGGAAGUGGCACCACAUCUGUGUCGCCUGGACCACCCGGGACGGCGUCUGGGAGGCCUACCAGGACGGCACCCAGGGCGGCAGCGGCGAGAACCUGGCACCCUAUCACCCCAUCAAGCCGCAGGGCGUGCUGGUGCUGGGCCAGGAGCAGGACACGCUGGGCGGCGGGUUCGAUGCCACCCAGGCCUUCGUGGGCGAGCUGGCCCACUUCAACAUCUGGGACCGCAAGCUGACGCCGGGCGAGGUGUACAACCUGGCCACCUGCAGCCCCAAGGCCCUGGCCGGCAACGUCAUCGCCUGGGCCGAGGCGCAGAUCGACAUCUACGGCGGCGCCACCAAGUGGACCUUCGAGGCCUGUCGCCAGCUCAACUGAGCCCGCCGCCCCGGCUGUGUCUCCCCCAGGAAUGCUCCGGCCAUCGCCCUCGCGUGCACACACGCAUGCACACACGUGCACACGCACGCACACCCCACACGCCGCCUCGCUGAGUCCUCGUGCACGUGCCGCAGCGACACUCAGCCCCGCAGGCGUAGGUGAGGCUGCGUGCGUGCGUGUGCGUGUGCGUGUGCGUGUGAGCGCGUCUGCACGUCUGUGAGUGCGUGUCUCCGGGAGCCUCCUCUCAGACGAGGUGUUUCAUUUCCGCUCUGUGGCGCUGCCCGUUUGUCUCGUUGGCGGGCUCGUCUGGGGCUGCCUCCCGGGCCGAGUGCUCAGCGCGGUAAAGGCGGGGUCCUGGAGCCCUAGCUGGGGGGGCAGAGGAGGGGGUGGGGGUGGGGCGCAGUCCCUCCUCACACCCGAGAGCCUGGCUCCAGCCGCCAGCGCCCUGCCCCGCGGCCCCUGAGAGGGUGCUGCCCCCCCCCCCCGGCCGCCUCUGCUCACAGACGGGCAGAGCCCGGGGGCGGCUGGGGAGGGAAGUCCCACCUGGUUAGGAGCCAGCCAUGCAGGGCCUGGUGGCCGCCAGCCCUGGGCACCCACAGCCAUAUCCCCCCUUCCCACUGGGGCCCCGGGAGUGGCUCUGGGGCGGGAGGCAGACAUGGCCGGCCCCGAACCCAUCCCCUGUGCAGGGCCCAGCCCGGGUCCGUCCCAGCUGUGACGCUGAGACCCACCCUGUUCAGAAGCUGUGACGUGUUUGCUCCCCGUGAAAGCCAUCCUGCACAUUCCUUCUGGUCCUUCCGAGGCGGGGAGGCGUGUGCGUGUGUGCGUGUGUGUGUGCGUGUGUGUUCGCACUAAGUGACCGUGCCUGGGGUGGACCCCUGCUUUUUGUGCAGCAUCUGGGGGUCGCAUGCCCCGAGGGCACCUGGACUCAACACAGCAAAUGGCUGGCAUGUUUCUGGGCCCCUGCCCCCGCAGCGGCA